AUGUAUGAGAAAAUUACUUUGUGCCUUUUGACUGUAUUGGUAAUUGCUCGCUCGGAAGAAGUAUCUACUGCUAAAAAUGUAGAAACUGCAGAUUUAUUAAAUUCAAGAUUAUCGACAAUUCUACCUUAUCCAUCAUUAUUUAAUGACGAACAUCUUAUAAAAGAUAAUUCAAAAAGAUCACUUAUUUUAUUAAUGCCAGUUCGACAAACACAAAAUGAACAUAAAAAGUCAAAGGAAAUGGUUCAAAAAACAAAGCGUUGCGAUACACAUCGGAGAAAUAGAUUUUUGUUAUUAUCAACAAAAGAAAAUAAUAAUAGAACGAGAACCGCUAACAAAAAUAUCAAUGUGGGAACCUUCCAGCAAAAUUCAGAUGACCAUACUACAAAAAACACAAAAUAUUCUCAGAAAAACUCAGCAACAUCAAAAAGAAUGGUAGCUGUUACAAAUGAAGAUAAAACUCUUCCACGACCGUUUAACGACAAUCUAAAUGCGAAGGAUAUAACUAUAAAUUUGAAAUUUCCAGAAAAGACAAAGAAAUGUAAUACAGAAAAAUAUAUUUGCCGUUGCGAAGAGGACUGUUCUUCUAGCUCAUCAAAAGAAAGUUCUUCAAAAAUAUUAGAUUCCUCCAAAGACGAACCUGAAAGGAUAAAUCAUCAAAGGAGACUAAUAAAACAUGAAAACGCGAACGCAAAUAUCUUACAACAACAAUCGCCAAAAUUAUAUCAUGAAAAUCCUUAUGAAUUGCCCUUUUCUAAUUUAAUCAAUUAUUUCCCAAUACAAUCUUAUCCAAAAAAAAUGAACAUCCCGUCAGUACCAAUUCUAUAUGGAAUAACACCAAAUGUUUUAUCUCAUAUGGUUGGAAAUGAAGGAAAAUAUGUUGAUAUCGGAAUCCCUUUAAUUUCAUUUCAGGACAGGCAAAAUUAUUUAGUUGAAAAUAAUCGAAAUCAACCGGUUAUUCAUAACAGACCGUGCAUUUGCUCACCUGUAAUAACCAAUUCGGUUGAAAGUUCCAUGUCAGUUACUAAUUCACCUUCGACAGAUUAUGUUGAUGCGAUAACUAGUAGGGAAACAACAAAUGAUUUCGAGUCAAACAAUCCAAUUGGUGUCACUGAAGAAGAUCAAGAACAUUCUCCUAAAUUAACCACAGAAGUUUCAAAUGUAGAUGUAUCAGCCGAUUCAAAAACAGAAACUAAUUUAAACUUUGAUUAUUUGACUGAUGCAACGGAAGAAGAUGACACUAUAAGUCCUUCUAAUUUAAAUAGAGUUGUGCAGAAAUCAAACGAUUUUACCGAACAAAUAGAAAGAAAUCUAGAUGAUCUUCCUAAGUCAAGGGCAUAUUCGGCAGAUGAUGUUGAAACAAGCAGCGUACCAUUCGGUACCUAUGAUAUAACGAAUGAUGGAAAAUUUAUAAACAUGGAAGAAUGCAUAAAACUAUUUGGUCGCGAUGUGUGCGUACUCAGUGCAGUAUCACCAAAAAUAUUUGCUAAACAGGCGCAAGAAAAUAAUCCCAACAAGUAUUCUGCGAUUAGAAUUCCGGAAUAUGUCACACAAAUAUCCCCUAGAGAUGACAUCAAUCAUUCAAAUAAACUCAAAGCGACUGAUCCGUACUUUGCAUCGGAAUCAUCCACUAAUGAAAUCAAUAAGUCAAAUGUUAAUGUGAAUGAAUAUCUUGAAUCAACAAGUAUAAAAUCAAAUGCUGAUAUUGACGAAGCUUCUCUGCGUGAAUUUCAUCCAGAAUCUACGAAACAGAUUUCUAAGUCAGAUAUCGACUAUGAUAAAAAUACACCAUUUAAUACUAUAAAAAAUAUACAUACUUCAAUUAAGAAAUUGAUGGAUCCGACAAUUGAUGAAAUUACGACGACGGGAAAAAGAAAAUUAUUAGGAAAAAGUAAAAAUCAUAAAACUAAAUUAUUGUUAAAUCCAAAUGAUGAGGAAAUAGUAAAUCCAACAUCAAGUGAGAAAUUUCUUUAUUUUACUCCUUUAUAUAAAUCUAAUAACAGUGAUGAAGAAGCAAAUAAUUUGAAAAUUAAUCAACAGAAUCAGGUAACAAAUAUAAAAUCUAAUUUAAAUACUUCUCAAGAAGAGACAACAACAGUUAUUAGUUACGACUUUAAACCCGAUCCUAAAAAGCAAGAUAGAAACUACCUAAAAGAAUCAAAUGCGAAUAUUUAUUCUAAAAAGAAAAUCCCUCAAGAACAUUUUGAAGAAGAGACUACAACUAGCUCUAAUUCCAACACUAGAGAUAAUUUUGAAGAGGAAAUAAAAAAAGAAAUAAUAGGAAUAGAAACCAGCAUCAAACCAGAAGAGAUUCCUCAAGAACAAUCUACGACAAUGCAAUAUUUUAACGACAAAAAAUUAAGUAAUUCAAACAAUAAGGAAAGUACCACCAAUAAUAUCAAAACGAUCGAUUCAUCAACAAAUAAAUUACCAUUUUGUGAUAAUACUUUGCUUUUAAAUUCUAUCAGGAAGGUCAUUAAUGACUUUACGUCGAAUACUCGUUUAACCAAAACAAAAGAUUUUGAUGAAAAUAUUCUUCAAACGCAAGGUAAAAAUUUACUGCCAGAAAUUCUGCAAGUUCCGAAUCUAAAGGACAUCUUGUCGAUGCCGCAAAUAGAAAAUACAAUCGUAGACAAAGUAAAAGAUGUUUUAUCCUACGUUACAGCUAUUCCUAGAAAAGAUUUCACAAACGAUUGGUCACAUGGUGUAAUUAAAAACACUCUACACAGCAUAUUGGAUACACUUUCUGGUUUUCAUCACAAACUUCCACCGAUGAUGCUCGAAGAGCAUCAAUUUAAAGAUGGACAAUGGGAGACCAAUUUAGUGACCUUAGCACCAAUUUUGGACCAAAAGUUAUCGGUAGCAACACCGAAAAAUUUGCGUGAGAUUAUCAAAGAGCUUUUAAACUCUCCGGCAAUUGCAUCGCAAAUAGACCAGAAUAUUGUGCGGAAUAUAAUCGUACAAAGCGUGAAAAAUAAUUUAUCUAACGAUAAAGAUGAUAAAAUAGAUGAUUUGAUAAUUCAUGCACUAAAUGACAUUCUCCAGAUGUCAAAAAAUUCAGAAGAUAUUGAUACGUUAGAAGAAAGUAACGAAAUUAUUAGUGACGAGGUAGAUAUGGAUAUGACUAAUAUGCAAGAAAUACCAACAAGUAAUUACGAAAUAGAAAACAAUAUUGAUAAUUCAAUAUUAAAUAGCAAACAGAAUAUUGAUGUGAAAAAACAAGAUACAAAAAUAGACAAUAAAAAAAUACAUACCGCAGACAAUCAGAAAGCUAAGACAUUAGAAAAUAAUGCAAAUAUAUUGACUAUUUCUGAAUUUCCGCAAUUAUUACAUUUAUAUGAGAAAAAAGAAAAAGAAGAAUCAACAAAUGAAGAUAAAAUAAAAGAAGACAUUAGAAAUCAAAUUUUAAAGAAGGUAGAUGGACAAGAUGAUGCAGAAAAGAAAAUAGCUGAAUCACUGAAACCCAAAAUAAUUUAUCACAAAGCUAUUUUACAAAAUAAUCUUAGCGUAUUAGAACCAAAUUCAACAGAAACUGGACAAUACAUAAAAAAUCAUCCCAUCGAUAAAGAAAGUAAUAAAGAAACAAUAACGAUAACAAAUUCUUCACAAGAAACACCCAAUUACAUAUCGGAUAACAAAAUUUUAGAAAAUAUAGUAGGAGCUAAAGAUGCCGAAGAAGAAGUAAAUCAUACGAGUGAAAACACAUUGACUACUACAACUGAUAAGAUUGAUCCACUAAUAAUAUUAGAAAGAAUUAAGUUUAAUUUGCCACCAAUAAAAUAUUAUUCACCUGAGACUUUAAAAUAUGCAACAAAUCGUAUCGAUGAUAAAAAUGUUGAAAUUACAACAGCGCCCAUGAACUUUAUACAAAAACCUUCAUCCAAUUAUGCACAGGACGACAUGCCUUUACAAAAUACAGCAGAAACUAAAGACGAAAACGAAAUGGAAUGUCUAACUACUACAGAUGGUAAUCUAAUUUCGUCCACAAAUGGAGAAUAUAGACCUAUAAUUAUUUCUUUAACAGAUAAUAUUUUAGAAUCGCAACAGCAGAAUUUGACAGAAAAUAAUAUCAUUAAAAUCCAAGAAGUUACUACGGAGAUUCAAAGAACUUACGCAAAAACUACGUACUUCAAGGCAGGACUUUCUGGUGAUGAUGGUUCAAGAACUAAUUCGCCCUCAUUAACUGGUAAAACUACAAAUAUACAUAUAAAUAAUGAUAAUGAGAACAGUAAUGGCAAUAGCGAUAACGAUAAUAACAAUUUAAUUAACAAGAUGUAUAAUAAUGAAGAUAUCAUAAAAGCAAAAAAAGUUAUCGUUUCUUCGUCUAAAUCGUCUGCCUUAAACGAUAUCUACUCUGCUCAGUUAUUUCCUUCAUCAAUUGCUUCCGAUGAUAUCUCAGAACUUCAGAAAUCACAACUUUAUUACAUCAAUGAUGGCGUGAAACUACCGCUAGAAAUAAAGACAUUGGAAGAUGGUUCUUAUGCAUUAUUGAUCUCCAAAAAUGUGUGCGAGCAGAUUCUAACAAGAAAAUGUCCCUGCUGCGUGCCGCUGCAAGGACAUAUAAUUCGAUCAUUAAAAAAUCACCAACAAGAAGAUAUACAUGCGAUGACAACAAAUAUGGAAAAGAAAGAUCAAGAAAAUAUAUUAGGAAGUAAUAGUUUUCCAUUUCAACCAUUUAAUACAGUGACGAGAAGAAACGCCUUGAGAACACAAAAUUUAAAAAAAGAAGAAGAAGAAAAAGAAAGAAUUAACGAGCACCAUUUAUGGAAACCAAAUGAUGAUAAUUUCGCAAUGAUUUCAAUGCCUGUCAUCGAUUUCGCAAAAAAAUACAAUUUAUUGCUUGAUUUCAAUGAAGAAAGAGUAUUAUUAAAUAAAACCGAAUUGCAAAACAAAAUACUAAAUUAUAAUAAGUCAAUAGUAAACUCCGUAGAAGGAUUUAAACGUCAAUCAGACGAAAAGAAUGUUAAUAAUAAUAACAAUAUAAAAAAAAAUGGAUUAUUGGAUGAAAACGGAUUAUUGUAUGAAAAUAACGACGCAAUUGAUGAGUUUUCAGAUUUGAUAAAUUCUCGCAAGAAAAAGAAUACUCCGAAUAUGAAUUUCCCAGUAUCUCCAAGUACUAAAAAACUUUUUAAUUUGAGAAAGAAUUCUGAAGAAUUUGAAAUACAAAAGGCAGAUACAGAAAAGAAUCAGUCGAAAAUAGCUCAAGAAUUAAAGCUACCUGAAGUUGAAAAUACAAACAAUGUUCAAAAUAUGAAUACUGCACAGAAGAUAAAUUCUGAAAAUCAAGGGAACCCUGUUCUUAAAGAAAUUAAUAUUUCCGAAGAAUCAAAAAUGAGCAAAGAAGAAGAAAAAUCGGACAAAUUAUUGAAUACUACAGAAGAAAAUUUUAGAGAAAAUAUUGGAAAGCCGUAUAGAUAUCAACGAAAUGCGAAUUACGUUGAAAAUAAAAGAACCGAACUAGUAAAAUCGAUGCUUUAUUGGUUUAAAGGACUUUUCGUAAAUAAUUAA